AUGUUGUUGUUGGAAAAAGCAAGUUCGGCUCGAUUGGCGAUCGAAAAGGAAAAUAAAUACGAAUUCAUCUUAUCAACAUAUGAUCCACAACUACCAGGUUCAGAUAAACAUAAACUAGGAUAUUUCGGAAUACCCACUCUUGUCAAAAUCAAAUCACUGACCAAACAGAUAUUUUACGGUGUAAAAUUCGCGAAGAAAGGAUCAAAACAUAUUAUAACAAAAUGGAAAACUCGCGAAAUAACUGACAACACAACAUAUAAUAUCAUAAUAUUUCAUGGUUUAGUCGAUCAACCACUGAGAACAAAAACUCAUUCAAAAUCUCACAAACGUUUCAUAAAAAUACCUGUUCAAUUGAAACAAAAACACAGAGUGAUUGUUGCUCAAUAUUGUGAUGAUAAACUUGAUUGGCCAAUUCUUAUCGAUUUUCGGAUUCCAUGUGACAGAUGCCCAAUUCGUGCUAAACAACUCAUUAAAAUCAGACGUCGAAGCAGUGUAUUCUAG